AACAAUCCCGGGGGCCUCCAAACCCGUACCUACCCCUCAGUCGAAGCAUUUGGGGAAGACCUUGCAAGUUCUCCAUGUGAAAUCAUGCGGCCAUGCUCAGGAAACCCAACGUCCUUUGCUGUGGUGGACUGCAGUUACUGAACUCGCCAUGCAUCCCAUCGCCACGGUCUCGUGCUCUCUCACCGUCUCGGCCUGCUGCCAGACGCUACGCCACUGCGUCUGAUUCAUCGACCAGGGAUCUUUCAUGGCCGUCAAAUCCAACAUUUACACCAUAUGAGUUGUUCAAGUUAGAUCGGACGGCGCCCUAUUCGAAGACUCGCUACUAUGAAAUGGUCAAGGUCUACCACCCGGAUCGCCCAAGUACCGGGCAUCCACUCUGCAAAGACAUCACCCCCGAAGUGAGGCUCCAGCGAUAUCACCUGUUAGUAGCCGCUCACGAAAUCCUUUCCGAUCCGAGCAGACGGGCAGCCUACGACCGGCAUGGCACUGGGUGGAACCUCCACCCUUCAGUCGAUGAGACCCCGACUCCGUCUUGGGCGAAAACGGGUUCGAGUGACUACGGUCCAAUAUACGCGAACGCAACUUGGGAAGACUGGGAGAGGUGGCACAAUCGUCAUCAGGGUAAACAGGAGACGUUGGUUGACCAUCGGACCUUUGCAACGUUUGUCAUUCUUCUCACUUUGAUGGGCGGGGCAGUCCAAGCGUCUUGGAUCAGCAAGCUCAGUACUGGCUACGAAGAAAAGCUUUUGGAGAUCAAUGAAGAAUCCUCACGGCUCCUGAAAGGGCGGAGGGAAAGCACGCAGAACCACAUGGGGUCGUCGGACGCCAGGGUCCAGCACUUUCUUAUCCGAAGAGACCCGUCGGGGUAUGGGUUGAAGGAAGAGGAGCAGCCGAUCUAUAAGGAGGUGUUAGGUUCUCAGAAGGGCCCUGACUCGUCUGUAGAGGCUACUGGAAAAGACGUUGAACACCCCAAAGAUGUCAUGAAACCGGAUGCAAAAGUCUCUGGCAGCUUGGUUCAGACAGAACCCCGCCAUUGAUGCCGACCACAUGCAUAGCCAUGCAGGCGCUGUAAAUAGAGCUGGUCCGGACGGAGACCUGGGGUCGCCGUGGCGGAUCAGGAAUCAUCAAUCGAUACCCAUGCAUGAUACAUUCUUAACAAGCG